UUCCUGGCCGGCCCCGGAAACCAGCAGGCAGUGGAGAGCGGGGCCGGGGGGGAGAUAGCGGCCCCAGCAGCCCCAGCCCUCAGACAGACAGCGGGGAGGGAGGGAGGGUGCUGGGGGGACAACCCCCCACCAUUCCUACCGCUAUGGGCCCAACCUCCCACUCCCACCUUCCUUCCAUCGGCCGAGGCUAGGACACCCCCAAGUCCCGUCGCCCCCCUGGCACCGACAUCCCGACAGAGACAGAGACACAGCCAGCCGCCACCACCGCUGCCGCAGCCUGGCUGGGGAGGGGGCCAGCCCCCCAGGCCCCCCACCCCACUGAGGUGACCAGAAUGGAGCUGUGGCCCGGGGCAUGGACGGUGCUGCUGCUGCUCUUACUGUUGCUGCUCUUCCUGCUGCCCACACUGUGGUUCUGCAGCCCCAGUGCCAAGUACUUCUUCAAGAUGGCCUUCUACAAUGGCUGGAUCCUCUUCCUGGCUGUACUCGCCAUUCCUGUGUGUGCUGUGCGAGGACGCAACGUUGAGAACAUGAAGAUCUUGCGUCUAAUGCUGCUCCACAUCAAAUACCUGUACGGAAUCCGAGUGGAGGUGCGAGGGGCUCACCACUUCCCUCCCUCACAGCCCUAUGUCGUUGUCUCCAACCACCAGAGCUCCCUUGACCUGCUUGGGAUGAUGGAAGUACUGCCAGGCCGCUGUGUGCCCAUUGCCAAGCGUGAGCUACUGUGGGCUGGCUCUGCUGGGCUCGCCUGCUGGCUAGCAGGAGUCAUCUUCAUCGACCGGAAGCGCACAGGGGAUGCCAUCAGUGUCAUGUCUGAGGUUGCCCAGACCCUGCUCACCCAGGACGUGAGGGUCUGGGUUUUUCCUGAAGGAACAAGAAACCACAAUGGCUCCAUGCUGCCCUUCAAACGUGGAGCCUUCCAUCUUGCAGUGCAGGCCCAGGUUCCCAUUGUCCCCAUAGUCAUGUCCUCCUAUCAAGACUUCUACUGCAAGAAGGAGCGCCGCUUCACCUCGGUGUUGUGGCUGCAGGAACUGCACCAGAGUCACGUGAUCGGUGUGUUGGCCUACUGAAUGUGCGUUGAACUUCCCAUCAGUAUGACUACAAGAUUCCCAUGGAAAAUCACAC